UUGGUAUUUGAAGAGGAGACAUGCUAAGCGACGAGCCGUUAACUUCAAAUUCGACGAUUGAAACCAUCGGUUGAGAAUUAAGAAUUAAGAGCCUUAUCACUUUUCAGUACUAACCCAAAGAAGUGAGGAAGAAAAAGAAAGUGUGAUACAGAAAUAUGCCAACCUUGAAUCUCUACACCAACAUACCCGUGGAUGCAGUGACAACCUCUGAUAUUCUCAAAGAUGCCACCAAAGCUGUUGCUAAAAUCAUUGGCAAGCCUGAAUCCUAUGUGAUGAUUUUACUGAAUGGAGGUGUUCCUAUUGCAUUUGCCGGGACUGAAGAACCAGCUGCAUAUGGAGAAUUAAUCUCCAUUGGAGGCCUCGGGCAAAGUGUUAAUGGAAAACUGAGUUCAACUAUUGCAGAUAUACUCCAAACAAAGCUCUCCAUAGAUAGCUCUCGCUUUUACAUCAAAUUUUAUGAUGUUCAGGUAAAUUAAUGGCCUUUCUGUUAUGACAGGUUUGGGUUGUAUUAUGUUCUUUAUUUUCUUACAGAAGUAAAUACGUUGAAUAUGAAAGUCAUAAUAUGGGUUGGCAAUGUGGAGUUAUGUGGCGUUGACCGUAAUUGCUACAACAAUGUGGUAAAGCAUUUUGCUGACUAAAAUUAGAUGGAAAAGAUGUUUUGAUAUGUAGGUGAACUGUUUAGCUUUCAUGUAGUGCAAAUAGGUGAAGCUGGACAUGUACUCAACACGAACAAAAAUCUAGGAUAAGGAUUUGCUGGAUGAAUAGGACCCUGAUGUUUUUCAUGAAUCUUCUAUGUUACAAAUCUUGCAAUUUAUUGCAGAACUUUCAGAAGAAAAGUUAACCUUUGAAUGCUGGUUUAUAUUUUA